CGCCACUACCCUGAGCUCUAACGUGGCCUGAGCUUCUUCAUCUUACUGCCUGGCGAUGGGGACAAGAAGCCACGUUCCCCAGACGACCAACUAACUACCCGGGCACCCAGGCAUUCGAUAUCUCCUUGCCCAAUCCUGGCAUACGCCUGCGGCAAUGACCGUGGAAUAGACGGCAGAAGAAAUCCUUGAAGCGCGACCAGUCAAAGUGCAGCCGAAACACCGACCGCCAACAUCACUAGCAGGGAGAGCCCACGCCCAACACCACACAUCAGCCACCGAGAAAGGCCCCAUCCAUCAUGUACACCUCUCUCGUACGGGCGCAGAAUGUCUUCGGCUUCUUCACCACCGUCGCCUUUGCCGUCGCCGCCUUCAUAGCCGCCACCGACUUGCUGGCCCCGCGCACGCCGUCGGGCACCAUCAAGCCCACCAACACCCAGGUCGUCAUGGGCAGGCCGCACUACUACUCGAACAAGAAGGAGGAGUACGCCACCAUCAAGUUCAGCCUCGACGCCGACCUCAGCUCCCUCUUCACGUGGAACACCAAGCAGGUCUUUGUCUACGUCACGGCCGAGUGGCCCUCGGCCGCGGGGGGCAGUGCGAACGCCAACGUCACCAACCAGGCCGUCAUCUGGGACCAGAUCAUCACCGCCCCCAGCUCAGACCACCUCGCCAGGUAUGGGCCUGCCACGCUCAAGAAGCUGAGGAAGAGUGCCGCCGGGAAGCCCAUAGACCCAAACAGAGGCAAGCUCUCCAUAAAGAACCAGCGCCCAAAGUACCAGAUCACACACCCCUCGUCGCGCAUCGCCAACACCGAUGACGUGAAGCUGCGCGUGCACUACAACGUCCAGCCGUGGGUCGGCGCCCUGACCUGGGACCAAGGCCGAGACUACGGCAUGUGGAAGGCCAUGGCCGGCGGCGGGAGCAAAGCCUUCGCCCUGCCCGCCAUUAAGAAGAAGGAGAGUGCCGGCGACACCAAGAAGAAGGGCACGGCCAAGCCUAGGGCGUAGGCUGCCAGGCCGGCCCAUUGAUGGUUGGCCAUCUCGUUUAGGUCGCAAGAUUUCUCGAUGGAAGGGGGAAGAGCGGUUCUCGGUGUGGACGAGGCCAGCGAGGAAAAUCCCGCCGCUUGUAUCACAAGUAUUGCCCAGAUAUCCCGAGAAAUGCUGUUUACAAUUGCCAUGUAGCAUGCCACUACUAUUGCUGUCCAACUUUUCGCUUGUCUGUACUCUAUCACAAAUCUUCCGUCUCCCAUCGCUGUUGAAAUUUUAAUCCUGUCCCCGGAAGACAUGAUUUCAAUAUCGAAGGAACCGACCCAGCAUCCGCAACAAUACGGCAUUGAUUCCAAAAGGGAACACCCCGUUCGUCAGCCAAGUGUCCACAAUGGUUUGUGGACCACAUGAUGAAGUCGCCCCUGUCUUCCUCCUCAUCCGCAUCCCCCCCCCGGAUCCCAACCCCUGUCUUUUGCUUGUCGCCUCGCUCCAUUGGGGUCUUUUUGGCCUGCGUGAUGAACCGUAUAGUUUCUACUGAGUGACCGCUGUCUCCGGCACGGUGGGCGAGGCCGUGGCUUUUGUGUAUCCCGGCAGACUUCCCUAAGCGAGGAAUAUCUGCAUUUGCGCACCAAAAUACUUCCCCUCAUCGUCCUGCGACACGCAAGGCUACGGGUGCAAGCAUGGGUGAAAGCAUGAGGGUUGGUUCCUGCGGUUGAGCUGAUGAUCGGUGGAUGGAAUUGUCUUUGAAAUGUGCCUGGGAAUGCUGCUAAAUUGAGGCCCUACGGCGUCGGUCUAAACCAAAGGUUCAUAGUGAUCUCGGAACGCCUAGCUCUGAGCAGCAGCAGGUGACUGCUGUGGUCUUCCGCUACCUCUAUUGCCACGCGGGGUCGAGGAUCCUCGCCCGCGCCCUCCUCUUCCACGGCCACGGCCUCUACCGUUGCCGUCCAAGCCCGCGGGCGGUGGAUAGGCGUUGUACGACGGCUGCUGCGCAGUUUGGCUGACAGCAUUUGGUGCUGCACCAUUGCCGCCUCGCCCGCGUUGGAUGCCGCCUCGCCCGCCUCGAGCCACGCCGUUCUGGGGACCUCCGCGCCCGCCUCGCUGGUAAUCCUGCUGGGGUUUAUGGUUCGGCGAGGGUCGGUACACCAGGUUGCUUGGCUGGAUGUUGAGGGUCCCACGUUGUGGUGGGUGGCCGUUGUGACCACCGCGACCACGACCGGUGCCGUUGGAUCCAUUGAGUGCACCGCGCCAUGAGCCAGUCAGCGGCGGAGGAGGCGCAGAGUCGCGGAAUUGUCUACCUCCAGGCACGCCAUAGCCACCGCUCGCGACGAGCGUGGUAAGCGAUGAGUGAGGGGCCCGCGCCAUAGCAGCCUUUGAGCCAAUGACAACCUGUUUAUCCGUCAAGUUGAGAACAGACGAGGAUGAAACCGUCUGGCCGCGGAAAAGAGGGCAGCGCCCAUCCAGCGUAGUCCCACUCAUGAAUGUUAUGUCAAACAGGACAUCGAGGAGGUUCUGGCUGCCCGUCCUGCUGAUGCCGACUACGGUUCCUCGGGACGCGAUGGGAACCUUGCCGGAAUCAUGCGCGUAGACAAUCCGAUCUCCCAAGUGGAACCGCUGGUUCCCGAGUCGGGUCUCUGCAUCCCCAGGCUUCAAAAGCGCGCUACGCGGCACACUCUUGACAUUCAGCGUAGAGGUGUCUUUACAAGCGUUCAAUGCCGCCUCGGAUGCUUGAGCGAGCUCCAUGACAACAUUCGAGUCGAGCUGUUCAGCUUCCAGUGGCACCUUCACAAAGCUGUUUGUCCCAACUGACUUCAGCCACUGACCAAUUUCCUUGACUCUGGUCGUUGCUGUGGUCUCAUCAGGCCAGAUAUCAGUUGCUUGGACGUCCCGACUCUGCACAUUCUUCUGCAGCCCGGCAAAGAAGUCUGGAAACAAGACCAUGUAAUCUGUGACCAGCUUGAUCGCCGCCCUGCUGAACUCCCAGCCCGACUCGGACUUGCGGGUGAAGCCGAGCACCUUCAACUUCUUCGAAUCAAACUUCAAGUUCAGCCCUAGAUUGACUUUGAGAUCGCCCACGCUGAGAACUUGGUACGAUGAGGUUAUCUUGCUGAAGGCCAGGGGGUGGAGGUGUAGAUCCUUGGCAACCUGAUACGACGGCAUGUACUUGUUCUCACGCUCGCUCUUUUGAAUGAUCUGCCUCGCAAAGUCGGGUUCCUUGUUCUUCAUCUUGGAGAUUGCGACGUCCAACUUCUUGUCGCUGUGGCCAGUAACCGCAAGAGGCCGACCGUAUGCCACGUCCCCCAAAUAGAAGGCGUGAGAACCAACAGGGAAUUCCUCCUCGACAGGCAGGGCUGCUCUUUCUGUAAAACGCUCAUCCUCGUUGACGACGUCGUCGACAAUGGUCUGUGACGCGUAGAAGUCCCGCAUGCCCGGUAUCUCGCCAAACUCCUUAACGGUGGCGCCUUCGUCGGUCUUGAUCAACCCCUUGAGCAUCUCAACGUGGACCAUGGACUCCACGUCUCCGAUUAAGAUGCCCAAACGCUUGCUGUAAAAGUCCUCCCAGUACCUGGAAUUCUUCAGCCAGUCAUCAAUCUCCCUGUUGGAGUGGUCUUUCACGACGACUUGUCCGGACCCGUCUUCUGACAGGGUAAAGUCGAACAACUCGUCAGAGACACGGACGAUCUUGGCUUCUUGGAGGAAUGGGUACCCGACAUAACACCGCUUGCCAAGUUUCUGUUUGGCAUUCUCGACUUUAGUCCGCACGGCCGAGUCGGAUAGCGUGACGACCAUACUCUCGUUGCGGCUGUCCUGCUGGAAGACAUUUACCCCGUGGAAGCCCAGUGUCGCAGUGUAAGGGAGAGUUGCCAGGCUUGGGAAGCCAGCUAGAGCCGAGACGCUAAGCAUGGCUCCUUCCAUUAGACCCUGCCGAUAAUCCAAACCGUCCGUAGGUGGGAGGUCGAAUAUAUUCUCCACACAGUGGCAGUGGGGAAUAUCAGGGAAGAUGCCCACCAAGGAAGACGGAUAGACGAAGUCGUAUUCACCCGAGUAUGUGAACUUGAUAGGGACAUUGAACCCGUUCCUCGACUUUUCAUCAUCGGAUAGCAAGUCGUUCUUGGUCGCCAUUGCGUCGAGCAGCCGCUUCUCGUCGAUGAAGGGAAUCUUGAUCACAGCCUCCCAGUCCUGCUUCUUGCCAUUCAUGUCCAGUUCAAAGUCUCUGGGGUAAAAGUCGACUAUAGGUGAGUUGGGGUUCGUCAUGAGAUCCCAGUAGAUGUUGGGUACGAUCUUUUUGCUUCGGUCGGGAAGCACGCCCAUCAGCUGCUCAAACGGCCGGAAAGGCUGGCCCAGCCUGAAGUUCAUGUCGGCAUUCAACCCCUUGAUAACGUCCGAGAUCAACGGGGAGUAAUGGUACUGGUAGAACCAGGGCCAUGAGCAGAUGCCGCGAUAGUAGUAGAAUAACACCCAUUGCAGUCCCUGCACGUAAUUCUCGGCGAGCUUUCUCAGCUCAACUUCCUUGUUUCCUGCCCACUCAGGGAAUUUCUCUUCAUAGUACUUGUCCUUCCACUCUUGGAACUUCUGUUCGUACAGAACAUCAUACUGAGCCUGAGCUUCUUCUGCCGUCACGUCCUGGACCUCAGCGUUGUCGUACUUUUUGACAAUACGAUUAAUAGCGAGUUGGGAUUCUUCUUCGAAAUCGUCGGCGCCAUCACCGUCGCCCAUUUCAGGACUCUCGGGGAAGGUCAGCACCAGAUGCCGGUGCCCAUCGUCGUCUUCCUUUGUCUUCCAAUUAAUACGAGCGCUAUCGGCAAAUUCUUGGACGAACUUGCGAUCAGCGGCCUUCAGGCUGAUGCCAAGAUCCAGUGUCUCAGAAGCCCUCUUAGUAAGGAAUGGCUUGAUUUGUUCCCUCCACAGCUUCUUUUGCUCUGAUGUGACGACGAGUUUGCCCUUCGGCUUGGGCGCUGCAUCCCCGUUCCCGAUCUUUCGCUUGGCCUGAAACCACUUAGAGCUCUCGACCUCGUGCUCAAAGAAACGGUACUCCUCCUUGCUGAGCUCUUCAAGGAAGAUGCCCAAACGCUUCAAGUUCAUAGCACCGCCCUCGUUGAUGUAGCCGUCGCAUUUCGGCAAGACGGACUUGUAAAUUCUGAACAUCAUCGACAAAGCGCCCUCGUUGAUGUGUAUCCGCGGCAGAUUGGGCAAGAAAUCGUUGCCAACAAAGAACGCCAUGAGAAUGAAAUCGUCGAUUACUCGCUCCAUGUCGAAUGGAAAGCCCAGCUUAUUCGCGCCGUCCUGUUUGAAGUCUUGAAAUUCCAACUCAAGAUAUUCUCUGACAAUGCACAGAUGCAUAAGAUAGAAGUUCUGAUGCUCCAACUCCUUCGACUGCACCUUGGACUGGCGGCCGAAGGUGACCUCCUCACGGAGGAGGCAGAAGUGAGGGUCAUGGCUGAGCAGACCCAGCAUGAUCAGGUCGGCAUCGAGGCCGUAUAAACAAUGCCGCAUGUUUGGGUGGUAGUCCGGCUGCGCUCUUGCGUUGCGAAUGUACUCCAUGAUCUUGUGUUCACCCUCGCCGGGGACCUCGUGGCCGGAAAGCACAAUUUCACAGCCUUGCCAUUCCUUGUCCUCGGAAACCUUCUUGUUGAUGAAGUAUCUGAGCUGCAGCGACAGCUUGGCCAUGAACUCAGUUCCCGGCGUGAUGCAGUUGCUGUCGAAUGGUUCCUCCUUGGGCAGUUCUUUGCCCUCUCGGACCGCCUUGUCUCUCGCCUGCUCAGCGUCCAGCGCGGUCCUGAAACGCCGCGCACGCUGCUGGUUCAUCUUUGCGCGUGGCGCAACACCAUCCACAGCCAUGAAGAAGAGCUGCUUCGGUUUGAUUUUGCCAAACAAGUGUUCAAUGUAAUUGAAGAUGCGAAUAAACAUCUCAUCCUCGCUCAGGCGGAACUGGGUAUCGCCCGAGUCCUUGUGGGUGCAGUUAUGGAUGAUUCCGUUCAUGUCGAGGUAGAGGCAGUCGAACUCGGGGAUUCGAUUCUCUGCUAUGAGCUGGGAGAUGGAGGGGUACCGCUCCGAGAGCCAUCUGAAGAACUUGGGAACACCCAUCGUCGCGUCGUUGGCAAGGUUGCCGCCGUGUUGAGGGUUGCUUGCGAUGGUACUCGUUCGAGUCGCAAAAGAAAAAGAUACUGUACGGCACGAUAAAUAUGGCCGAUUUUAGAGAAAAACCGAAUGCAAGCGUCAGCGAGGCAGCGGUUUGAGGAUGGCUGGCACUAGUGGCAAUCCGAAGUCGCACAGGUUUGUACACACGAGACGAACUCCAAAAAGAAAUAGAAAGCCGGUCCACAGUACUGUGGUGAGGAUAACGGGUGCGUGGAGGCUGGCCUUGGGGGGCGGGUUGGGUGAAGGGGCGGUGAGGUGAGGUGAGGCGAGGUGGCAGGAAUGUUGAAGUAGAAGAAAGUGGUGUCGUUCAG